CAGGGCGCAUGCGCGCGGGGAAGCCUAGCUGCGCCGCGAGCGCGCGGCCCCUCAGCUCCCCUCGUCAUGGCGCUGAGGCGGCGGCCGGCGGUCCGGCUCUGCGCCCGGCUGCCCGACUUCUUCCUACUACUGCUUUUCAGGGGUUGCUUGAUUGGGGCCGUGAAUCUCAAAUCCAGCAACCGAACCCCAGUAGUACAGGAAUUUGAAAGUGUGGAACUAUCUUGUAUCAUUACGGAUUCACAGACAAGUGACCCCAGGAUUGAAUGGAAGAAAAUUCAAGAUGACCAAACCACAUAUGUGUUUUUUGACAACAGAAUUCAGGGAGAUUUGGCAGGUCGUGCAGAACUAUUGGGGAAAACCUCUCUAAGGAUCUGGAAUGUGACCCGGACAGACUCAGCCCUUUAUCGCUGUGAGGUGGUUGCUCGAAACGACCGCAAAGAAAUUGAUGAGAUUGUCAUUGAGUUAACUGUGCAAGUGAAGCCAGUGCCUCCUGUGUGCAGAGUCCCGAAGGCUGUACCGGUCGGCAAGUCGGCCACGCUACACUGCCAGGAGAGCGAGGGCUACCCCCGGCCCUACUACAGCUGGUACCGCAACGACGUGCCGCUGCCCACCGACUCCCGAGCCAAUCCCAGAUUCCGAAAUUCCUCUUUUCUCUUGAACUCUGAAACAGGCACUCUGGUUUUCACUUCUGUUCACAAGGGAGACUCUGGGCAGUAUUAUUGCAUCGCUUCCAAUGAUGCAGGCUCAGCCAGAUGUGAGGAGCAGGAGAUGGAAGUCUAUGACCUGAACAUCGGUGGCAUUAUUGGGGGGAUCCUGGUGGUCCUUGCUGUUCUGGCCCUGAUCACCGUGGGCAUCUGCUGUGCGUACAGACGGGGUUACUUCAUCAAUAAUAAACAGAAUGGCGAAAGUUAUAAGAGUCCGGGGAAGACAGAUGGAGUGAACUAUAUCAGGACAGACGAGGAGGGCGACUUCAGACACAAGUCAUCAUUUGUGAUCUGAAAUCUGAUGGUGUGGCUGAGGGAGCACAUGCAAAUACCUCUACCAGAAACUCCUAUCAAGAGCAGCCCGGGAGCCAAGUGCACUUGGACAGAGCUAGACACUUGCGCAAAAGCUUUUUUGUUUUGGCCAAAGUUGACCGCUACUCCUUUCUUACUUUUUAACAAGCCACAUGAAUAAAAGAAUUUCCCUCGAGAUGGGCGUAGUCAUCACAAGGAGAAAAAAAACAAAGCUGCAUUUCACGGAGGCUGAUUCCCAGUCUGUUUCUGGCCUGGCUCCCGCCUGAAUGUUAGGGUGAUCAGGAAGCUCUUGGCCACAGAGGCUGGGCUGGGCACUGUGGGCCAGUGAAGCCAGUUUAUUCGCCACUCACCUCCGUCAGCCAGGGUGAGUCCUGUGUGGGGGGCCACCAGGCAGCCAUGUAGCACCGGUAAUGCAGGGCUUGGGAGCACGACCCACUGCAACACCCUGCAGCUGCAGAGUUUGAACCAGGGAAUCCAGAAAAGAGGUGUUUUAUGCGAUGAUCUUGUUUCACAGCUGCCCCCAGCCAGCACUGCAGAUUCUUCUUGAAGGUUCUAUUCAUCAGUAUUUUAGUGUCCAUCUUGGAAAAUCUGUUUGGAUCAGAAUUUUAUGAAAACAGCCCAAAUCAGGAAGGUAAAUUGCUUGUUGGAAGAAGGGAUCUUCUUAACUGUAGGAGCCCUGCUUGUCCAUGGGGGGUGGGGGGUGGCCAGUAUUUACAUAAAACCUUCAUCUUAGGUGAAAUCUGAAAUGGUACUGAAAUAAUGUUCUGCUUUUCUAUGGGUGUUUAUUUUAUAAAAUUUUACAUUCUAAAUUUUUGCUAAAGAUGUAUUUUGGUUAUUGAAAAGAAAAUUUCUAUUUAAAUUGUAAAUAUGUUGUCAUACAGUGUUAAAUACCUAUUUUUUUAAAAAAUUUCAACUUAAGGUAGGAGUUCCAAGCUACUCGUGUUAAAUUGGAAAAUGCCAAUAAUUAAAGAGUAUUUUAACCCCAAAAAUCCUCUCAAGGAAGCUUACUGGAACAUUCCUUUUUUUCCACCUAAGUUUCCGCAUUUUUCACAAGAGAAACCUUGUCUAUACAUCCGAUCAUUGUUACUUAGGAAACCUUUAAAAAAAAUCCAGUUGAAUAAUGUCAAAAUCUAUUUGCAACUCUCCAAAAGAAACAUAAGGAGUUCUAAGGUUAGCUUUGAACGGCCUCUUCCUAGAUCACUCAGACUACCUAUGCCCAGAGACCACCCAGAAGUGCUUGGAUGUCCCUGUGAAACCACGUUCGCCAACCCCCGGGCUCGAGUCCUGUGCCCCACUCGAAGGCCAUAGUGGCUACUAACUUCAAAGGCUAGCCAGCGCAUGCACUGCCAUCUUUAUUGGCCUGACAGAGGCUUUGUGUGCUGAUGAGCUUUAUAGUGUUGGACAGUUGUAAGGUGGACACUUCAAGAAGGGUGGGUGUCUUCCCUGUGGUAUCCCAGCCUUCGGCUCCCCUGUGGCAGAGCUCUUUUUCGUUGUGGAUGGCUCAUGAAACAAAGUAGCUAUUGUUUGGCUUUAAAAUUCAUUUUACUUAUUUGUGUAGUUCAUCAGACUGUCCAGGGCCAAAGGCAGUUCUGAAAACUACAACAAUGUUUUUUAAGAAAAUGAAUUCCACUUUUCCUCUUUGCCGUGAAGAAAGCACGGAGACACCGCAGGUCGUGUCUCACUUCACAGUAAACCCAUUAUGUGGUGGCGGCGAGGCCAGCCCUUUGAAGAACAUCAGGUAGUGCAGCCGGGGUGGAGAGCCUGAUGGCAAGGAAAGCGAAAUGCCUGAAUCAAGGGCAGUUUUCUGAUUUUGAUUUUAAAGUCUUUAUCUACCCAAGACACUGCUGCUCACUGGGUGUGGGGCAUUAGAAACAUCAUUCAAAAGCCUUUGUUCUUCGAGAGCAGAUGUUCUUCGCCUCAGAUACAUUGCCGUGUUAAACUCAUGAUGCGGAGCGGUUUGAAGAGGGGGCUUCUCGGAGGAGCGCCUCCAGUUCCAUUGUGUGCUUCGAGGGUGGUUUUUACGUAGAAGGAUGUAGUCAUCUUGGGAUUAAACUUCCAGUGUCUUAAUUUUUUAUACUUGAGGGUUUUUUUAAUUGAAUACUUGAGACUUGUGUUGACUUUUUUAUGUUCUGUGAAUACUCUGCCACAGGGUGUUUGGCAGAAGCAGUGGGCAACUCUUCAUAAUUGCUUAAUGGUACCCAUCUUCUUUUGCGUUUGUGUCUUGAAUGCUUAGACCUAAGAUAUCCCUUCAUCUUCACCCCCUCUUGGUAGGAAGGGAUAGUGUCCCCGUUCUCUAAUUGUUGGGGAGCAACACCCUAGCUGCCAUCUUGGUUGUCCUAGUGAUAGGACAGCCCCGACUCCCUUCUUAUGACCGUAACACCACCUAGCCUUGUGCCAUGUGAACUGGGGCUGACAGAAGUGAGUAUGGAGGCUGGGAAGUUGUUGCCGUAGACAGAAAAGGAAUAUUCGUACGUUUUUAAGAUGUGAAUGUGACUGAAGACUCGAAGCCUCUGCAAGGCUAUCGUGGCCUCUGGUGUAGCUGUGCUGUACAUAGACAUUGCAGACUUGUACUAACACACCUGUAAGUUGGUAUUUGUUAAACCUCAUUUAUAAAAGCUUUUAAAAAAUCCA